AAAAGGGGUCGGCAAUCAAAAAUCGAUUACAAGAACCCACUUAAAAUCCGACGUACCUCCAUGUCCAAAAACAAGAAAACCCUACCAUCCCAAAUCCAAUUCCAAUUCACAAAAUUCAAACACCCACGUCACGGAUUUACAAGUUUCCGUGUAGAUUACCAUUAAUCAAACGCAAGUCAUCGUUUGUUUGCCAUAAAUAUACAUAUACACAACAAGUCGAGUGAAUUCACACCUUCAAUCCUCAUGUUCUUCACUUUCAGCUUCUUUCAGUUACAGGCAGAUUUGAUAUUGACAAAAAGUCAUUUGAGAUAAACUUUUGGGUGUUUGAUCAUCAUUCAUCAAUGGCGGAAAUGAUUGGUCCGAGGUUAUACUGUUGCUGUAAUUGUCGAAAUCAUGUUGCCCUUCACGAUGAUGUUAUUUCUAAAGCUUUUCAGGGGAGAAAUGGUAGAGCUUUUUUGUUCUCUCAUGCAAUGAAUGUUUCCAUGGGGCCAAAAGAAGACAGACACCUAAUGACGGGUCUCCACACGGUUGCUGAUGUGUACUGCUCUGAUUGUCGUGAGGUGUUGGGAUGGAAAUAUGAACGCGCGUAUGAAGAAUCACAAAAAUACAAGGAAGGAAAAAUCAUUCUUGAGAAGUCCAAAAUUGUGAAAGAGAAUUGGUAGUGAUGAAUUUAACACUCAUAUAUCUGAAUCCCCUUUUCAUAUCCUAUGAAAUGUCUAGUUUGUGUUGAUGCUAUCCAAUAAUAUUGUAUUUGAUUGGAAAGUGUUUUCUUUGUUAACCUUGCAUUAAUGGAAAGUGAACAGCUUUUGUUGGUGUUCUUGUAAAUCGAAGGGUGUAAAUGAAAUGAUCUCUCAUCAUUUGGUAUGGUGAUUCUUUUAUGUA